AUGCUUCACUUGAAUUCAGCAGAAGAACCAUUAGUAGCAGAUGAAUCAGAGAAUAUUGUUUGGAAGGUUCUCAUCUUUGAUAAGUUUGGACAAGACGUGAUUUCAUCCAUUUUAAGAGUCAACGAUUUACGUGAAAACGGAGUAACGGUUCAUAUGCUCAUUAACCAAGAAAGAUCAGCUUUACCUGACGUACCCGCCAUAUAUUUCGUCGAACCUACCAUAGAGAAUAUCAAAAAAAUCUGUCAGGAUUUGAGUCGUAGCUUGUAUGAUUCCUAUUAUAUUAAUUUUUGCUCGGCAAUACCUCGAUCACUAUUAGACGAAUUUGCCACCAUAACAACAACAAAUAAUACAGCCGAACUUGUUAGCCAGGUCUACGAUCAAUAUCUCAACUUCAUCUGCACAAACCCCAACGUCUUUUCGCUUAGUCAACCUGAUGCCUUUAUCAGACUAAACAGCUCCAGUGCAACCGAAGCACAGAUUGAGGAAACGAUUGACAAGACAGUAAAUGCACUCUUUUCAGUCAUUGUGACCAUGGGCACAAUACCUAUCAUCCGCUGUCCUCGAGGAAACGCAGCAGAAAUGGUCGCUCAAAAGCUUGAUAGCAAACUGCGCGACCAUGUGAUGAAUAGCAGAACCAAUUUGUUUACCGAAAAUAACAACAAUACCUUACAGCGACCUGUACUUAUUUUAUUGGACAGAAGCAUGGAUUUGACUCCGAUGUUGAGCCACUCAUGGACUUAUGAGGCACUUGUUCACGAUGUGCUUUCUUUGAAUCUCAAUAGGAUCACUCUUGAAGCAGAGGACGGUAAGAAGAGGAGCUAUGAUCUUGACACCAAGGACUUUUUUUGGACAAAAAAUGCAUCCAGUCCCUUCCCACAGGUAGCAGAAGACAUUGAUGUCGAAUUGAACAAGUACAAGAAAGACGCGGCCGAGAUCACGAGUAUCAGCGGUGUGUCCUCGUUGGAAGAUGUUGGUCAAAUUGAUAUGUCGUCCAAUACGAAGCUACUCAAGUCAGCUAUCACAGCCUUACCCGAGUUGACAGCGAGAAAGGCGACAUUGGACAUGCACAUGAAUGUAGCUACCGCCUUGUUAAAUGCUAUAAAGGAUAGACAGUUGGAUAGCUUUUUCCAAAUGGAAGAAAACAUCACCAGACAAAGCAAGAGCAUGUUAUUAGAGACUAUUCGCGAUGCAUCAAAGAAAAAUCCAGAGGAUAAGAUGCGCUUGUUUUUGAUCUAUUAUCUAUCUACUCUGGAAGACAUCCCUAAGGAUGAUAUGGAUGCUUACGAAAAGGCAUUAAGUGAAGCUGGAUGUGAUUUGAGGCCACUAGAUUAUAUCAAAAAAGUACGUGCGCUUAUGAGAAUGACAUCCAUGAUUGCACCAUCUGGUCAAACUCAGACAGGUUUCUCUCAAAACGAUCUUUUCCGUGGAUUUAGCAGUAUCGGAAAUAAGCUGUCUGAUCGACUGAAGGAAGGAGGAUUAGGAGGAGGCUUUGAGAACUUGCUGUCAGGAGUAAAGAACUUGCUGCCUACUCGUAAAGAAUUAGUUGUGAGUAGAAUUGUUUCUGAUAUCAUGUCGCCUCCUCCAAAUGAAGCAUCCAAAGCAAGCGACUACUUAUACUUUGACCCAAAAGUCAGUAAAAAUUCAAAGAAUCCUCGUCAACACAAGAUUGCCUUCCAAGAGGCAAUUGUCUUUAUUGUAGGAGGCGGAAACUAUUUGGAAUAUCAGAAUUUACAAGAACUCGCUACUCAAAAUAAUAGUAAAAGAAAGAUCAUUUAUGGAUCAACAGAAAUUCUCUCCCCACAUCAAUUCUUGAAUCAAUUGGCUACACUAGGACAUAAGGAAGAAUAA